AUGUGGAUCCUCAUCGUUACUACACUGCUCUUUAUCUUUGCCCUUCUCGGGUGCAUCGUGAACGCGGUCCUCGGCCUCGAUCUCACGCUUAGCGAGAACUCUGCUCUUGCUCAGCGCAUCAUCGGCGCCGUCAUUUCCGUGUCCAUGAUCAUCACUCUGGUCACCCUCUGUUCCUUCAGCAAUCACUUAAUUUAUCACCUCCGUCUUGCUCGUGGCGUCCACAUCGACGACUUUGACGAUUUCGACGACUUUUACGACUUCGUCGACUUCGUCGACUUCGAAGAGGAGCGAGAGGAUUCUCCCCCUCCCCUUACUCUGAGGUUGCUGUGGCCACCGCCGUCGCUCAAACCUGCAAAGGUGUUACACGGAACAGGAGGCGCAAAGGGUGCACCUGCGGGACCUGUGGGACCUCCGGCGUUCGCCGGCGGUCUCUGCCUCGCCAUCUGGACCGAAGAGGAAAUCCAGGUCUUUGCCGACAUCACCGUCUUCGAGAUUGCCCAGCACCAACUCCGUGAAGAUAACGGUAAGGCCAACGUCUUGAACCGCCUGGCUGCUAAGGACCAGUAG